AUGCAGGCCGAGGUCGACGCUACCCAGGACACCGAGUUCCACGAUGCGUUGAGGGCGCACGGCAUCAUCCCUCCCAAGCCUCCAUCGCGGUCUCCUUCGCCGGAGCUUCCUUCUGCGGGCGAGUUGCGCACACAAGCACUCAAACAGGCCACCGUAGAUGAUCUCGAUCUCGAGCUGGAAAACGAACUGGACGACGAAGAGGAGAGGUUGCUCGAAAAGAUUCGUCGUCAACGCAUGUCGCAGCUGCGCGCCGAAACCAAAAAGGCACGCUUCGGACGAGUCUACCCCAUCAGCAGACCGGACUAUACACGAGAAGUCACCGAAGCUAGCAAAGAAGACCCGGAUGCGAAUCCCGAUGCGCAACGCGACGACGAACAAGAGCAAAAACCUGACACCACCAGCAAUGCCGACAAGCAGCGUCAAGGCGGCACCGGAGUCGUCUGCUUCCUCUACAAGGACGGCAUCGACACAUGUCGCUUGCUCGCCGGCUACCUCGACACCCUCGCCGCCAAGUACCCUUCCACCAAGUUCGUCAGCAUUGUCGGCGACCAAUGCAUCCCUAACUACCCAGACCGUAACCUCCCCACGCUGCUCAUCUACCGCAACGGCGAGCUCCACCGGCAGAUCGUCGGCCUGCGUCCCGAGAUCGGAUUGGACGGCAUGAAGACCAAAUGUGAAGACAUUGAGUUGUUGCUCACUGCGGUUGGCGCGAUUCAGAGGUCGCAGGUGCCAGGUGCACCCACGAGUCUGGGAGCGCAGAAGCCGGAUACCAUUGACGAAGGGGAUGAAGACGAGGAUGAGGGGGAGGCAAGUGGAGUGAGGCAGAGGAGCAUUCGCGAUUCGGGGCGGCAAAGGACGCAGGAGGAGCUGGAUGACGAGCUGGAUUGGGAUUGA